AUGAGCGACUCCAAGGACAUCAAAGCGAUCCGCGCCACCAGCGUCGACCUUGGCCGUGAUUAUGGCACCGGUUCCUCCAGCUCUCGCUCCCCGGUCGAGCAUGGCCAUCCUGAGAUUAUCGAAGCAAGUCCCGAACGUGGCCCCAUUGCCCUUGGCGACGAAACAGGCGAACCUGGCAAACAGUCAUGGCGCUCCAAACUGGCUUUCUUCAAGACCAAGGAUUUUUGGCUCAUUCUGUGCCUGGGUCAGAUACUGGCUAUCUGUAUUACCGGCACCAACACCUUGACAAGCUUGUUGGCGGCUGAGGGGACCAGCAUCCCUGCCUUUCAGACCCUGUUCAAUUACGUAUUGCUUAAUUUCGUCUACACGGGCUACACUCUUUACAAGUACGGCUUGAAGAAGUGGUUGCAGGUGGUCAUCAAGGACGGUUGGAAAUACAUCAUUCUCGCCUUUUUUGAUGUGGAGGGGAACUACUUCACGGUCCUCGCCUACCGCUACACCACCAUCCUCUCGGCCCAGCUCAUCAACUUCUGGGCUAUUGUCGUGGUUGUGGUCAUCUCCUUCAUUUUCCUCCGCGUGCGAUACCACUGGGCCCAAGUCCUCGGCAUCUUUGUAUGCAUUGGCGGAAUGGGCCUCUUGCUGGCGUCUGACCAUAUCACUGGUGCCAACGGCGGCGACAUCUCUUCCGGCAAUCAGCUCAAAGGCGACCUGUUCGCCUUGUUGGGCGCGACCUUCUACGGCUUGGACAACGUCUACGAGGAAUGGUUUGUGUCCGGCCGCCCCCUUUACGAAGUAAUCGGCCAACUUGGGUUCUGGGCCACCAUCAUCAACGGUGCACAAGCCGGCAUCUUUGACCGCCACUCCUUCCACACAGCGACCUGGAACGGCAAAGUCGGCGGCUAUCUGACAGGCUACACCUUUAUUCUGUUUAUCUUCUAUACGCUCGUUCCCAUCCUGUAUCGCUUCGCCAGUGCCGCAUUCCAGAACAUUUCGCUCCUGACAGGAAACUUUUGGGGUGUCAUUAUCGGAUUACAGGUUUUUCAUUUACACGUGCAUUGGAUGUAUCCCAUUGCAUUCACUCUCAUUAUGAUUGGCCACUUUGUCUAUUACUUUGGAAAAGGUGUGAUGGGCGAGGCGGCGAAGGCGUGGUUGGGCGAGAACCAAGAGAAAGGGAUCGAUGGAUUUGGGAGUGCGAAAAGGAAAAUUCGUUUGAUGCAGGAAAACGUGGCGGGCACCAGGGGCGGCGAAGGUACGGAAAGUAUGGGUGUGGUGUAA